UACGUGUGCUCCAAGCAGAACACGUACCCGCACCUGCAACCGGAUCUGAGAUAUCCGGCGCUCUUGCGAGAGGAAUACGCGGCGGAGAUGAGAUCGUCUGCGGCGGUUUGCAGACGGAGGUUGGAGAAAAAGCGAGCGAAGAGUAGAAGGGAGAAAAUGGGAAGAUGGAGACAUCAUGAGGAUGGUGAUGAGGAUAAUAGAAGAAGUGAGAAGGAUGAGAUUGAGAAUAAGAAAGGAGAGGAGAGUGAAAAUAAUGGGAGAAGUGGUGGAGUCUACAUUCUGCCUUUCAUGCUGGCAAGAAGAAUGAGGGAUAUCCAGGACAAAAGUAGCCUCGAUUAUCAGAGGAUGACAUGGGAUGCAUUGAAGAAGAGUAUUAACGGGCUUGUGAACAAAUUGAACGCCACUAAUAUAAAGAAUAUAAUUCCUGAGCUUUUUGCUGAGAAUCUGAUACGUGGGAGGGGUCUGUUCUGUCAGUCGUGCAUGAAAUCCCAAUUGGCUUCUCCGGGCUUCACAGACGUGAUUGCAGCCUUGGUUGCUGUGUUGAACACCAAGUUCCCAGAGGUUGGUGAUCUUUUGCUGAGGAGGAUAAUUGAGCAACUCCAGAAGUCGUACAAGCGUAAUGAUAAGCUGAGAUUACUUGCUCUGGUCAAAUUUAUUGCGCACCUGGUGAACCAGCAGGUGGUGCACGAGCUUAUUGCCCUUGAGCUGCUGACAUUGCUGCUGGAAAAGCCGACUGAUGAUAGUGUUGAAGUUGCUGUGGGUUUUGUGACCGAGUGUGGCUCCUUGCUUCAAGAUCUCUCUCCUCGAGGAUUGCAUGGCAUCUUUGAGCGGUUCCGUGGAAUUCUUCAUGAAGGAGAAAUCGAUAAGCGCGUCCAGUUCUUAAUCGAAGGGCUCUUCGCAUUGAGGAAAGCAAAGUUUCAGGGCUAUCCCGCUGUCCGUCCUGAACUCGAUUUAGUCGAACAGGAAGACCAACUGACUCACGAAGUGUCGCUUCUGGACGAGAUUGAUUCCGAGACCUCAUUAAAUCUCUUCAAGCCCGAUCCUCACUUCUUGGAGAACGAAAAAUGGUAUGAAGAGCUUAAGAAGCAGAUUCUAGGUGAAGAAUCUGAGGACAAUGCCGACUCGGAUAAUGAUGCAUAUUCGGUUGAUGAAGAGUCUGAGGAAGAGGAUGAGGAGCAGAUGAAGAUAAAAGAUGAGACAGAGACGAACUUGAUCAAUCUCCGAAGAACUAUCUACUUGACUAUUAUGUCUAGUGUUGAUUUUGAAGAGGCUGGGCACGAGUUAUUGAAAAUCAAGCUGGAGCCUGGCCAGGAGAUGGAAUUGUGCAUUAUGCUUUUGGAGUGUUGCAGCCAGGAGAGAACCUACCUCCGAUACUAUGGACUCCUGGGGCAACGGUUCUGUAUGAUAAACAAGGUUCAUCAGGAAAACUUCGAGAAAAGCUUUGUUGAGCAGUACUCUAUGAUUCAUCGACUGGAGACCAAUAAACUUCGUAAUGUGGCAAAAUUCUUUGCUCAUUUACUUGGCACAGAUGCAUUGCCUUGGCACGUCUUAGCCUAUAUAAGGCUGACCGAGGAGGACACGACUUCUUCUUCCCGUAUUUUCAUCAAGAUUCUCUUCCAGGAAUUGUCUGAGCACCUUGGGAUCCGCUUGCUGAACGAGCGCCUGAAUGAGCCAGCUAUGCAAGACUCGUUCGAGUCCAUCUUCCCGAAGGAUACCCCGAAGAACACGAGAUUUGCAAUUAAUUUUUUCACAUCCAUUGGGCUUGGUGGGGUCACGGAGAACAUGCGAGAGUAUCUAAAGAACAUGCCGCGCCUCAUAAUGCAACAGAAUAGGGACGUGCAGGAGCAGGAUUCAGAUUAACCAACAUUCGUAUUUUCCGAAAAAAUCUAUGUCUAUCGAGUUGAGUGUUAGGCACAUUCUAUGCUGCAGAUUUUCCACUAAAAAUAAUAAGAUUUUUUUUUUGGACUAUUUGGACAGUUUGACCAGGUCUCAGAACUAUUCGAGAUCUUUGAAGUGACAAUUUGAGGACAGAUCAAUAAAAAAAAGCUUCUUAUUUUGAAAUUUGUGUGAUCACUUUGUUGCAAAGUCUACAGAUAUCUGCUUUUUGAGAUUUUUGUGAAAGCG